AUGCCUUGUGGUUUUCAACAACAAGCUAGACCACCAAUUUCUAAAAAGAAGUCCCAAGUGGAAGAACUUCUCUUGCAAUAUAUAUCAAAGAAUGAUGCCAUAAUUCAAAGCUAUGGAGCCUCCUUGAAAAAUCUUGAGACCCAAGUGGGACAACUUGUAAACUCCAUCAAAAGUAGACCCCAAGGUGAUUUACCAAGUGAUUCACUUAGGAGUGGCAAAAAAGUUAAAGGGGAGAGUGAAAAAUCAAUUGAAUCUUCAAAAGAGCAUGUAGAUGAUGACAAGGCAAUUGUUGAGAAAGAAGUUGAAGUGGAAAAGACAGAUAAUGGGCAAGCUAAAAAUCACGGGAAUUCUGAAGCAAGUUAUCUUCCACCACCAUUCCCACAAAGGUUGAAAAAGCAAAGGCUUGAUAAACAGUUUAAGAAAUUUCUCAAUGUCUUCAAGAAGCUCCACAUAAAUAUCCCUUUUACUGAAGCUUUGGAAAACAUGCCAAGUGUUUCAAUCAUGCCUUUGUCAAUUGCUAAGAAACUUGGACUUAAUGAGAUGCAACCUAACAUAGUUUCUUUGCAAUUAGCAGAUUGA